UCCCCGUUAAGUCAUUCAUAAGAGUACUUUAUAAAAGUUCCACAGCUGGAUUAUCAUUAAUAUUAUUGUUACUUUAGGUUUAUCUGUUUCAUCGAUGUUACUAAAUGGUUACACAAAAUAUGAUGAUGUCAACGUUAACAAAUGUACUUCUUUAGUUUCAAAUGUGGAGUUGGUCGGAUAUAUUCUUGGAACAUAUAGCUCUGCGAGAGAAGUAUGGAAAGCCAUAAAAAACGAUUCAUUCCCAAGGGUAUUUAGUCCGCCGCUUCAAGGAAUAAAGUUGGAUCUAUACUACAGUAUUAUUGACUCCACUGGAGAAGCCUAUGUGCUGGAAUAUCUUAAUGAAGGGCGAAGAAUCCAUAAAAAUAUUUUGCAGGUGGCCACCAACUCUCCUCCUUAUCAGUUUCACUUGUUGAAUAUGAAGAACUACGUUCAUUUAUCGAGAUUUUCCAAACCAAACUUAAAGUUAGGAAAGGUGACAAUAAGUGGAACAGAUGUUGGUAAUGGUUUGCUUGGUGUACCCGGGGAUUUUACUCCACCGUCAAGAUUUGUACGGACGGCGGCAAUGAUACACUUCGCCAACACCAAGGAUGACGGCGAAGGUGCAGCUAAGUUAGCAUUUCACGUUCUAAAUGCUGUGGAUAUUCCCAAAGGUAAGAAUCACCUUUUCUAUUAAUUAAAAAGUGACAAACAUUGUCUUAGAACGUCAGCAUCAGAAAAUAAUUCCUUUUGGGAAUUUUUGCUUUUAGGAGUGGCUCUUGUUAAUCCCCCGCCUGCUGUUGGUUUGUAUGGUUAUACUCAAUGGGUUGUGGUGAAAGAUUUAAAAAACCUGAUCUUUUAUGUUCGUUCUUACGACGAUCAAUCCAUUAGAAUGGUACCUAUGAAAUCAAUUCAUCCCAGAAAGAAGGGUAAAAUGCCAGUUGAGAGAGGGUUUAGAAAAUUUAUUCGAAACAUAACAUCGAGUUUGUACAGUCGAGCAGGAACUGUGAUGAUAUAAAUAACUUUUUCUGCACACGUCAAAGAUUACUAGUUACCAUUGAUUUUAAACAGAGAUUCUUUGCUUCCACGAAACUGUUUAUAUUUUUUUUAGCUAUGUGCAAUUGUAAACGUUAACUUUUGUAGUAGAACUAGUAACUUGGUCCUAGUUAUUAUUUGCAUGGAGUUU